UCAUCUUCGGCCCUUUUUUUGUGUUUUUUUCGUCUCGUUUUCUUUGCCAACCCGUGCUUUGGUUUAGAUCAAGCUUUUUUUUCAUCUGGCUUUUCGUCUUUGGGUUUUGUGGAUUUGUUGCGUUUUUUUUUUGUGAUUUUCUAGCGUUUUGAUACCCCAUCGGAGGAAAAGUUCUGAUUUUUAAUUGGUUUUUUGGCAGAAAGGGGAAAGUUUAGGGUUGAUGGUCCGUUGCUCACAUUUCUUAGAUCUGUUGUGAUUUUGCUGGAUUGAGGCUGUCGAGCUAGGGUUUAGAUUGAUUUUCCCUGAAUUAUGCGAACCUCAUGGGCUGAUUCGGUCGCGAACGCCGAGAGCUCGGCGGCCGCUACCGGUUCUUCUGCUAGCAACGCCACCGCUGCUGCUCCUCGUCACGCUCGCAGUACCUACGUCCCGCCUCAUCUCCGCAACCGCCCGUCGUCGUCCGAGCCCCCGGCCUCAGCCCCUGUUGAUGCCCCCUCGGUUGCCGAUGCCCCCUCGGCUGCCUUGCGGUCGUCCGGCUAUGGUGGGCCUGCUUGUGGGAACCGCUGGGGUGGGGGACCCGUCCGUGAUUUGGGCCGUCCUGGGUUUGCUGGAAGCCGUGGAGGGGGUGGUUGGAAUUCGAGAACUGGUGGAUGGGAUCGAAGGGAGCGGGAGGUGAAUCCCUUUGCAAAUGAUGACGAAACAGCUGAGGAUUCAUUUGAUGGUCAGGAGAAUAGUGGCAUCAAUUUUGAUGCAUACGAGGACAUCCCUGUUGAGACGAGUGGCGAGAAUGUACCACCGCCUGUGAAUACAUUUGCUGAGAUUGAUUUAGGGAAUGCACUGAAUGAGAACAUAAGGAGGUGCAAGUACGUGAAGCCGACGCCAGUCCAGCGCCAUGCAAUCCCAAUCUCCCUUGGGGGGCGGGACCUGAUGGCCUGUGCUCAGACAGGGUCAGGAAAGACGGCAGCUUUCUGCUUCCCGAUAAUUAGUGGGAUCAUGACGGGGCCACCUGCGCAGAGGCCGCGCGGUGCAAGGACGGUUUACCCUCUUGCUCUGAUUUUGUCACCUACUAGGGAGCUCUCGGUCCAAAUACAUGAGGAGGCUAGAAAGUUUGCCUACCAGACUGGAGUUAGGGUCGUUGUUGCUUAUGGAGGAGCACCAAUCAAUCAGCAGUUGCGGGAUCUGGAGAGGGGUGUCGAAAUUCUUGUGGCAACUCCUGGUCGUUUGGUUGAUUUGUUGGAGAGGGCUAGAGUUUCAUUACAGAUGAUCAGAUAUUUGGCCUUAGAUGAGGCUGAUAGAAUGCUUGACAUGGGUUUUGAGCCACAGAUUCGAAAGAUUGUUGAACAAAUGGACAUGCCCCCACGAGGUGUAAGACAGACCAUGCUGUUCAGUGCCACAUUUCCCAAGGAGAUACAGAGAUUGGCUUCUGAUUUCCUUUCCAGCUACAUCUUUCUUGCUGUUGGAAGGGUUGGUUCCAGUACUGAUUUGAUUCUACAGAGAGUUGAAUAUGUUCUUGAAUCAGACAAAAGAAGCCACCUUAUGGACCUUCUUCAUGCCCAAAGAGCUAAUGGUGUUCAUGGAAAGCAAGCUUUGACUUUGGUCUUUGUAGAGACGAAGAAAGGAGCUGAUUCACUGGAACACUGGUUGUGUAUGAAUGGAUUCCCUGCAACCACUAUUCAUGGGGAUAGAACGCAGCAGGAAAGAGAAUAUGCACUGAGAUCCUUUAAGAGUGGUGCAACUCCAAUCUUAGUGGCAACAGAUGUUGCAGCACGUGGGCUUGACAUCCCCCAUGUGGCACAUGUUGUCAAUUUUGACCUUCCAAAUGACAUCGAUGACUACGUGCACCGUAUUGGAAGGACAGGGAGAGCUGGAAAGAGUGGUCUGGCCACUGCCUUCUUUAAUGAUGGCAACUUAAACCUCGCAAGACCGCUGUCCGAGCUUAUGCAGGAAUCAAACCAGGAGGUGCCUGCAUGGCUUUCCCGCUAUGCUGCUCGUUCUUCCUAUGGUGGUGGUGGUAGAAACCGUCGAUCUGGUGGUGGUGCUCGCUUUGGCGGUCGGGACUUCCGACGGGAUUCCUCCUUUAGCAGGGGUGGAGGAGGUGGUGACUACUAUGGUGGUGGUGGUGGUGGUGGUGGUGGUGGUGGUGGGUAUGGUGGAGGGGGAUAUGGGGCUGCAUCUCCAGGGUAUGGGGGUGGCUAUGGUGGUCCAGGGGUAACUAGUGCUUGGGACUAACAUAUCCCCAUUGUCUCAAACUACUUAAAGUUCUAUUGCCCCAUGUUUUCUAGAAUAUAAUUUUGAUAGGGCUGCACACUUGCAGGGUUAAACGCUGGGUCAUUGUCCCUUUUUUGGUCUUCUGUUCGUUCAGUAGUCUCUCUUCUUAUUGGUUCCCCAUCAUUGGGUGUGUUAUCUGGCAUUCUGGAUGGUUAAUAUGUGAUGGUGGCUAACUUCUAGGUCUUGGUGGGCUCUGUUUAAUUUUUUUUCUUUCUUUUUCUACUUAUCUUUUUCUUGUUGGGUUGGGUGUAAUUUUGGUGGAGGGUUGUAGAAUGUGUUUAGGGUGGGAGGAGCGCCUUUUUGGGGGCUCAUUUGUUUCAUCUUAUAGCAUGUUCUUUUAGACCUGAAUUAAUGGUGGGGGAGUAGACAAGAUCUAGGCUUUUGCUUUCCAUGUUUUUAUUUCGUGUUCUUCUUGUAAAUUUCUGAGAGAUUAACUGAAAUAAAUAUGCCGGGAAGGGAGAAAAGGGGAUAGGAUGUCAAAUCUUAAUGGAAACAGAGUAGCGUCCUUUACGAUAAUCAGAUAUUGUUAUUGGAACAGAUACUGAAAUAUAUUUUGUUUUCCAUCUUUCAUUC